UCCCCGCCCCGGUUUCACAACCGCGGGCACCGGCCGCGCCGCGGGCCGCUCCGCCGAUGUUCUGCCCGGGGCCGGCCGCAUGGCGCGGCUGCCGGGGCCGCUGCUCCCCGCCGCUCUGCUCCUCCUCGCCGCCGCCGCCGCUCCCGCUCCUGCUCCUGGACGGCCCUGCGGCUCCACCGGGCUCUCGCGGGACACGGUGCUGGGCCGCCUGGGAGCAAACGUCACGUUGACCUGCCAGGACAAGGGGCUGGCGAACGUCACCGUGUCCUGGAAGAUGGAGAAGUGGGGGACGGUGGCGGCGGUGGUGGGGGGCCAUGACCGGUGGCUGGCGGAGGGCAACACACUGCUCCUGUGGCGACUGCGCUACGAGGACUCGGGGCGCUACAGCUGUUAUGUGGGGGGCCGCCCACUGCACACCCUGCGGCUGCUGGUGGAAGAGCCCCCUGAAACUCCCCGGGUCUCCUGCUACCGGCGGAGCCAUGACAAAGAUGUCCUGUGCGAGUGGCCGCUGCAGGCGAAGCCAUCCCCAGGGACGCGGGCGAUGCUCUGGGUGAAGCGGAGGUUUGCGGCUGAGAAUGCCACAGAGCAGCGGUGCCGCUACUUCUCCAAGGCGCGGAAGUUUGUUUGCCGGGUGAAGGUGCCACCCGGCGCUGAUGACACCAAACCCCUCGUGGUGUCCACGUGCGUCAGUAAUGGCGCCGGCGGCUUAGCCGGUGAGGACAGGAUCAUCACCCUCAGCAGCGUCCCAGUGAAGCCCGAUCCUCCCCUCAAUGUGACAGUGGAGGCACUGGAGAAGGCACCGCAGCAGUUGCGUGUCAACUGGUCGUACCCCUCGUCCUGGGACCCCCGCUUCUACUGGCUCCGCUUCCAGGUCCGCUACCGCCCUGAGCCCGCUGAGACCUUCACGGAGGUGGAACAGGUGAUGACAACAUGGCUGGACAUCCGUGACGCCUGGCGAGGGACACGGCACGUGGUGCAGGUGCGGGCGCAGGAGGAGUUUGGCCACGGCGCGUGGAGCGAGUGGAGCCAGGAGGCUGUGGGCACCCCCUGGACAGACCCCAGGGACCUCACCUCUGAAAUGGGACCCUUCAGCUCGCAGUUCCCCAUGGAGGAUGGCACCUAUGGGGUCACGCUGCCCCCCGAGCUCUUCGGGGAAGAUGCUGCUGAUGGUGCUGGUGGGGCUGUCAUGGAAGCCAGUGCUCGCUCUGUGGCAUCCCCCUACGCCUUCCUGGUGGCCGGGGGGAGCCUGCUCCUGGGCAUCGCCCUCUUUGUUGGCAUCGUGGUGAGGUACAAGCAGACAUGGCGGACGGGUGGGCAGCGGGGGGCCAAGCAGGAAGGCGAGGCGCAGCACGUGCUAGUGCCCCUGGGCCCCCCCAGCCCCCCACUCAGUGAGACCCCCCUGCUCUCGCCCCCUGGCCCCCUGGCCCCUGGGGCUCUCCAUAUCACCAAUUUGGACUAUUUCUUCUCAGAGCAGUAGCCGGGGGCUGGAUGCACUGGCAAGUGCCUGCGGGUUGGGCGGGGGUCCCAGGGCUGGGAUGUGGCCCCGGGAACAGCCCAGCCCCCCCCCCCCCCAUCUGGGGGUGCUGAAAGCCACCCCAGGUCUCAGGACUGGGAGCAGCCUCUGAGGAGGGGAUAAGAGUUGCCCCCGUGGAGAACCAGCCAGGGAGGUCCCCAAGAUGGGUCCCGAGGGGGCAGCUCCGGGGCCAUGGCCAAGCUGAGGUGGCUGGGGGUGAAGGCGCUGGAAGCACGGCUGCAUAGGAGCGUGGGAGCAGGGCUGGGCUCUGCCCGUGGGGCCGGGUUUGGGGGUCCCGCGGGGAAGGGCCUAGCCCCCACAGUGCCGUGGGUGUCAGGGAGUAGGGGGCCUGGCUGGAUCAGCCCCAUCCCUCUGCCCUGGCCCCGCCCCCACCCCGGGGCUUAUUUUUAAAGCACGUGUUGGGGAAAUGUGGCAAAACGUGACUCAAAUAAAUGCCUUGGAUUUGUAA